AACACAAUAGAAUUUAGUAAACAAACUUUAUCUAAGUUCCAACUUUAGAAUAUUUCUUUCAAUAUGUAUUCAGGAAUGAUGGAAGGAAACACUGGAUGGAGUGUAAUAGAAGAAGAUAGAUGGAGGAAAGGACCUUGGACUUCUGAGGAAGACAAAUUGCUCAUUGAGUAUGUCAAGCUGCAUGGUGAAGGCAGAUGGAACUCUGUCUCUAGGCUUGCAGGACUGAGAAGAAAUGGGAAAAGUUGUAGAUUGAGAUGGGUGAACUACCUAAGACCAGACCUCAAGAAGGGUCAGAUAACACAACAAGAAGAAAGCAUAAUCCUAGAGCUACAUGCUAGGUGGGGAAACAGGUGGUCAACAAUUGCGAGAAGCUUGCCGGGAAGAACAGACAAUGAGAUAAAGAACUAUUGGAGGACUCAUUUCAAGAAAAAGAACAAAAACCCCACUGAUGCUGCUGAAAAGGCGAAAAACCGUUAUUUCAAGAGGCAGCAACAACAACAAUUGAAGAAACAACAGCAACAAGUUCAGAUGCAGCAACAACAACUGCAAUACAACAUGGACAUGAAAGGGAUCAUAGACUUGUUGCUUGAGGAAAAUGACUACUGUACUAGUGUACCUUCUACUUCUCAAGAGACACAAGAAAUGGUUUCCAUGUAUGCAGAUACGCAAGAACAACAGGGUUGCUUUUACUCUAUGCUCAAUGAUAAUAAUGGUAAUGUCUAUGCACAUGAGUCUUCAAAUGAAGAAAUUUUGUGGGAUGGACUUUGGAACUUGGAUGAUGCUCUUGGAAAUUCAAUGCAGCUAAUGCUACAAGCAAAGCCAGCCAAUGUGUGUUAAAAAUAUUGUGUAACCCUUAAUUAUGUUGAGAAUAGUACUAAAAAGCUCAGUGUUAAGACUAAUUGAUGCAUAAACUGUGGACUCAUAACUCAUUGUAGCAUAUCAUAUAAUGAAGGCUAGUUUUUUUGUACCGUCUCAA